UCACACUACAUUAUCUUCGACUCCAAUCCGAAACAUACAAAGCGCAAACCUUGAUCCCUUUAACAAGUAAAUGCGAGGCUGCUACUCGUAGCCAGCGUCGGUGCAGCCUUUACGCUAUUGCAAAGUGCUCCAGCACAGAUACGUAGUGACGACUUCCAUCAUAAGGCUAUCAGUGUCUAGGUACAAUUUGAUCCGUCAGAAUUUUCUCGGAAAACGUCUCUCUAACAUUUAGUCCUCUUCUUUCGAUAAUGCACUUUCACUUCGCCUGUCUUAGAAUCCUGAUAGCCCAAUACGACUAGUCCAGAACCAACGCUUGGACAAACCAACGGUUCCACACUCUUUGACCACACUCUUUCAAUAUCGGCAUUUACUUUCAAUGUCCCGUAAUACGUCCGCCUCUCAACGGGUAUCUACCCCACUGCUUGAUACCCCAAUGGCGCUUGUACGUCAUGGUCGCUCCCCAUAUCUACCGGCUGCAAAGGAAGAGAUUCCUCGACCAUCCAGAGCCACGGACACUAGACCUAGAAGUCCAUCCAAAGUCGAUCAGGUUUCCAAAGGCUCACGGUCUACAAUCAGCCUGCCUCUUCGCCCGGCGCAACGACAACAGAAGCGCCCUGGAGAUGCGACAAUCGAUGAUCAUAACCACGAAAUGAAACGUCCUCGAAUGACCCGCGACGCAGCCCAAGAGCGACCAAAGAAUCCCGAACUAGACCGUCGCAUCUUCAGCAGCUCCCAGAGAAUCGAUGCAAGAGCGUAUAUAUCUAGAGGAGAGAUUCGGCAACAGCCAGAUUAUCUGGAUCACGAUCAGCGAAGGUCCCACAAGCAUGUGCGGUUCACAGAUGCCCCCCAACCCGAAAGGCGCCUACAAACACGCCGUCCAUAUCUGGCCGAGUUUGAAGGUGAGAGGUCAAGAGCAAGUCCGGAUCCGCAGACUGGCGCCAAGCACAAGGAAAAGGUAGAAGAUAUCCGAGAACGCAUCGAUUUCCCCGGUUUCGGGUACAACGAAGAGUUGAAGACACCAGAGGAGAGGCUCAUGAAGUAUCGCGCGGAUGUACAAAUAUCGCAGUUGCAUCAGAAGCGCUACAAACUCAUAGCUGAACGUUACGCUGCAGAAGAAGCCGAGCUGUGGUUCCAGAGCAGAAUGAUAGCCGCCCAACUCAUGGUGGACGUUGAAGUCUCGACAGAGGGCGAAUAUCGGAGCUGCUGCAGCUGAUGCAAAGGCGAAUCUUCGUUGAAACAGCAUGGGAUGCCUGGAUCUAUAUUGAAGAUGGUUUGAUUGGCCCUAGAAUCGACCCGAUGAGGUUCAUGA